UCUAGCAGAGCUUCUAAUAAAGAUGCUGAUUUAAAAGAGAAUGAAACUUCUCAUAAUUUUUUACAACAUAUUGAAGAUGGUACUGAUUCUAGUAAAGAUUCUAAUAAAGAUACUACUACAUGGGAACAUUCUGCUACAUGGGAACAUCCAACAAUUAUGCUUCUCAUUUCUUUAUAUAAAGAUCAUCUUACAUUAUUCAAGAAUGAUAAAAUAAGAAAUGAGGUUGUAUGGAAAAAGAUUGCGGAUUGUUUAAAAGAAAAAGGUUAUAUAUAUACUGCAAAACAAACUGAAAAUAAAUGGAAAAAUCUAAGGAAAAGUUAUAUAAAAACAAAAGAUCAUAAUUCAAAGUCAGGAGCGUCAUUUAAGAAAUGUAAAUACUAUGAUGAAAUGGAAGAAAUUUAUGGAAAAUCUCAUAUUGUGCAGCCUGUAGCCAUUGCAUCAAAUCUUUCACAAAAAAUUGUAUCUAUUUCAACUGACGAAGAACAAAGAUCUGAUAGAGAAAAUGAGGACAUAGUACCUCCUCCAAAGAAAACUAAAAUGGAAAAACAAUUGCAUGUAUUAACAGAAUACAUGGACAAAAAUGAAAAAGCGAAAGAAAAAAGGCAUAAAGAAAGAUUAGAAUAUCAAAAAGAAGCUAUAGAAACUUACAAGCAAUUAAUGAGCAAGUUAUUGGAUAAAUUAUAAACAUCUUCUCUUUACGUUUAAACACUUUUGCUUUUUAUUUUAUAAGUUACAAAUUUAUGAAGCAUCUUAAAUAAUAUUUUAUUGUUCAUUUAAAUCAUAACAUAUAUUAGUAUUUAAUG